CAGCAGACCGCGAUGUGCUUCUUUCAGGCGAUGCUGCCAGCGUGACGUCUAAUCUAGUGGACGGUUCUUCAGAAUCAGCUCGUCAACCACAUCCGUAGCUUGCUAGCGAACAUAGCCGACAGAUUCGAGCUAUUUAUAUGCUUUUGGUGUAUAUUAGCUCCUGUUUUUUACACCAGUUUCUGUCGUCUAGUAAGUUAUUCCAUUCACUUUCAUAUUUACGUUGUUGUUGGUCAGCUGGCGGGCUGGUUAAGUUAGCAUUAGCCUAGCUAGCUAACAUCUCUGACCAUGAGGUCACUAAUCUACUCUACUGCUAAAGAAGAGGCGGUCUGCUGGACGAAGAAAGAAACUCUCGUGAAAGAGGAGGAGGAAGAGGAGGAUGUUACAUUACAAAAACAAGUAGAGGUUGAGGCUGUUACCGCGAAAGAAGAAGAUAAAUACAUUACAGUGAAAGAACAGGAGGAUGUUACAAUAAAACAAGAAGUAGAGGGUGAGGCUGUUACAGUGAAAGAAGAGGAAGACUCGUUCGGAGUGAAAGAGGAGGAUGUUACUGUAAAAGAAGAAGAGAGAGACAUUACGGUGAAAGAAGAGGAAGACGCGUUCAGAGUGAAAGAGGGGGGUGUUACAGUAAAAGAAGAGGAGGAAGAGAAAGAGGAGGAUUCCGUUUUUGGAGUGAAAGAGGAGGAGGGAGAGAUGACUGUCACAUCGAAAAAGGAGGAGGACAAUGGAUAUCUGGGGCCGGUUUCCCAAAGGCAACUUAAGGCAUCCAAUGUUUCUAACAAUGAACUUAGCCAUAAGAUGCUUUUAGGAAACCUGGCCCUGAUUAACACUAGAGAGAGAGGUGACUAUUGUGGAUCCUCUGGGGAGCCUCAGCUACAUCAUGACGCUGACCAGGCAGAGAAGAGUCUCUCCACAUCAGAACACCUCAAGAAACACCAACGGAAACCCACAGGGAAGAAUUCUCACUACUGCUCUGAAUGUGGGAAGAGUUACUCAAGAUUAGAUUCACUAAAAGUACACCAGAGAAUUCACACAGGCGAUACAGCUCACUGCUCUGACUGUGGGAAGAGAUUCACCACUAUAGCAAACCUUAAAAUACAUCAGAGAAUCCAUACAGGAGAGAAACCUUAUAGCUGUGAUCAAUGUGGGAAGAGUUUUACUCACUCAAGCUGCCUGAAGGUACAUCAGAGAACACACACUGGAGAGAAACCUUAUAGCUGUGAUCAAUGUGUGAAGAGAUUUGUCACAUCUAGUAGUCUGACUGUACACCAGAGAACACAUACAGGAGAGAAACCUUUUGGUUGUGAUCAAUGUGGGAAGAGAUUUGUUUCAUCUAGCCGCCUGACUAUACACCAGAGAACACACACAGGGGAGAAACUGUUUAGUUGCUCUGACUGUGGGAAGACCUUUUCAAAAUUAUAUACAUUACAAUUACACCAGAGAAUUCACACUGGAGAGAAAGUUUAUAGCUGUAAUCAAUGUAGGAAGAGUUUUAAUCGCUCAAGCUUGCUGAAGGUACAUCAGAGAACACACACUGGAGAGAAAUCUUUUAUAGCUGUGAUCAAUGUGGGAGGAGAUUUGUUACACAUAGCAGUCUGACUAGACACCAGAGAAACAAUUCUUAUAGCUGUGAUCAAUGUGGGAAUAGAUACUCUGGUUAAAUAUCUCUGAUUAAACAUCAGAAAAUAUACAUGAAGGAGUUUCCUGAUAUCAAUAAAAUGUCACAAUGUAGAAUGUUU